CCAUCCCAUCCUCAGCAUGACCGCGCCCCUGCCGCCGGGCUGGAGCGAGCACGUGGCGCCCUCCGGCGUGCCCUACUGGCACCACGCCGCCAGCGCCCAGUCGACGUACGUGCGCCCCUCGGCAGUGCCCGGCGCCGCGCCGCCCGGCCCGCCGCCUCCGGCCAUGUCUGCUGCGCCGGCCGCCGGCUCCAGCGCGGCAGCGGCCGCACCCGCCAAGCCGGCCGGUGGCAAGGCAAAGAAGGAGAAGCCGCGCCGCAAGGAGCCCGUGCCCGGCACCGACGGCUGGCUGCGCAUCACCACGACGCUCGACAACGUCUUCUACACGCAGCCCGCCGAGGGGCGCAGCGAGUGGAGCGUGCCGCCCGAGAUCGCCGCACAGGUGCGCGAGAUGGAGCGCAGCGAGCAGCAGGCGCAGCGCGCACAGGCGGCAGAGGAGCAGCGUCUGGCGCAGGAGGCGCAGGCGGCCGAGGAGCAGCAGCGGCGCGAGCAAGAGGCACGCGAGCGGCGCGAGCAGCUCGAGAGGGACGCCGAGCGGCAGCGGCUGCAGAAGGAGGAGGAGGAGCGGGCACGUGAGCUGCGCGAGCAGGGCAAGCGCAAGCGUGGCGAGGCGCUCGACGUCGAUGAGGAGCCCGCGCCCGUCGAGGGUGGCGUAGAUGCGGCAGACCUGCUGUCACGCGCAGCUUCUGCAGAGCCGUCGGACAGCAAGCGGCCAAAGACGGCAGCAGCUGUCGAGGAGGCGGACGACGACGACGACGAUGACGAGGCAGCAUGGCAGCGCGAGAUGGCUGCCGAAAUGGCGGCCGAGGCUGCCGCUGAAGCGGCUCAGGAGGCAGCGAGUGCGCCGCCUGCUGCACUGCCAGUCCCACCUCCAGGCGGCUACAGCGGCCCACCACCGCCGCUCGCCGCGCCUCCGCCGGCAGGAGGCUACUCCGGACCGCCUCCGCCCAUCGCUCCUUCUGGCGGCUACAGCGGGCCGCCGCCGUCUGUGUACCCCAACUAUCCGCCGCCUGCGAUGGCUGCGCCGCCGCCGCAGCUCUCGGUCGACGAGGGCAAGGCGCUCUUCUCGCGUAUGCUCACGACCCUUAACGGCACGCCCGACGAGGUGAACCCGAUGGCACCGUGGGAUCGCGAGCUGCCCAAGUUCGUCAAUCGGCCGGAGUAUGCGGCAGUGCCGAACCUGCGCGAGCGCCAGAAUGCCUUCAACGAAUGGUGCCGCCUUCGGCUGCGUGAGCGGCGCAUGGCAAAGGCCAGCGGCUCGGGCGUCUCGCCUGCUCCAGCUGCAAAGGCCUCAGCUGCCUCGUCCACCCCGCCGCCAGCCGCUGACGAGGCCAAGGACACGCUGGCGCCCUACCGUGCGCUGCUGCAGCGCGAGGUGACCUCGACACGUGCGAAGUGGGACGACUUCCGCAAGGCACACAAGAAGGAGCGCGCCUUCUUUGCGCACGGCAGAGACGAUCGCGAGCGCGAGCGCGAGUUCAAGAAGUGGCUGCGGGACCUCGGCGAGCAAAAGCGCGCCGCGGCCGAGCAGGCAGAGGUGGCCUUUCUUCGUCUGCUCGACGAGCGCCUGCCUCACACUGCACGUCUCACGCGCGCAGCCACGAGCAGCGAGGCCAACGACGCCUGGAGCAAGGCGAAGCGGGAGCCCGGCCUCGACGUCGAUCCACGCUACGAGGCUGUAGGCAGCUCAAGUCGGCGCGCAGAGCUCUUUGCAAAGUGGGCUCGUGGCGAGCCGCGCGGCGCGGUGCAGACGCAGGAGAAGGAGACGGCCAAUGGCUCGCGAGACAAGACGCGUGAUGCCGAGCAGGCGCUGCGCGAGCGAGAGGAGGCAGUGCGCAGGCAGAAAGACAAGGUCGAGGGCGAGAAUCGGCGUGCGCUCGGCGCUGCGACGCACGAGGAGAGCGUUGUGCAGUUUGGGCAGCUCCUCAUCGACCAAAUUCUUUCCCCGCAUCAGUCGUUUAGCUCUUUCGCCUCUCGAUUCUCAAAUGACCCUCGCUUUGGUCGCUCUGCACUGCACGAGCGCGAGCAAGCCGAGCUCUUUGCGGCGCACAUCCGCAAGCUCGAUGCACGUCGCCGUGCCGCGCUGCAUGCCAUCUUUGCGCGCUGUGCGCCGCAGCUCGACGUGCCGGCAGAGACGGCACUGCCGCUCGUGCGUGACGACGAAGAGAUGGAGCGCGGCCUGGGCGCCUGGCUCCAGGAGGAGGACCAGCGAGGCGGCGCGACGCUCGAGCGCUUGUUCGACGAGUGGAAUGAGGAGCGCGUGCGCGCUGCGCGUGAUGCGUUCUUUGCGAUGCUCAAGGAGUCGUCGUUCGUCUCGUUCUGGGGCUCGCUGCGCAAGGAGCGCAAGCGCCGCGGCGAUGCGGGCGAGGACGAAGACGGCGGUGCGGAGGCCGCUGCGGACUCGGACGAGGAGGAUGUGCCGAGCCUGCUGAAGAUGGCUGGCGCCGUGGAUCUCGGCGAAGUGCACAGUGUGCUGCGCGGCGACGCUCGCUAUGAGGCGUUCAGGCACGUGCCAGAUCAGCGCGAGGCGUGGGUGCGCGAGUAUCUGGCCGACAUGGCGGAGCGCAGCGCCACCGUCUUCCAAACGCAAUGAGCUGCGAUGCACCGAGUAAUACGUGAUCAUUGCGCUU